GACAGCGUCUCUCGAAUCUGCUUAAAAUCUUCCUCCUCUCCUCUCCUUUCCUCUAAUCAUCUUCUUCUCCAUCCAUCCAACCUCUUUCUAUCUCCUUCUCCCAUUUCUCUUCUUAACAAAAGUCAGCUCUUUCCUUAUCAGAAUCUUUCCUUCCCAUCGCUUUAACUAUCGCUCGCAAUUACCCGAAGAAGAUUGAUCACUACUCCCACUUUCUUAUUUUGACACAAUCCUCAAAGGGGUGUUGUUGAUGAGCUAAGUGGAAAAUGGCGUCGAUGAGCUCUGGUGAUGAUGAAAGCCUUCGACUUUGCGUCUUUGAUUUGAGGAGAGGCCAAACCGAAGGUCAAGAGCUUGACAAGAUUCUCUUCUUUCAUCCUCCCGACCUACACCUCUCCGCUCAGCUAUCAGUUACCGGCCUCAGUGAAGGCCUCAUUACUUUUACCAGACUUUUCUCUCCUGAGGCAGCUUGUGAGGUAAUAGAAGCAGAAAGACAUUCUCAUGUUUUCCACGAGCCUGAACCUGAUAUCUGGAUGGUCAUGGUCGUGGAGAAAAAUAAGGAUACAGGAGCUAUAUGGAGGGUUGAUGCACUCAGGGGAAUGCUUAAGGAAGUACACUCACUCUUUCUCAUGUUCCACGGGUCAGUUAGAGCAUUACUCGAGAAAGAACCAACAGGAGAGCUUACCCGAUCACAGUUGUAUCCCUUCAUUGCAGAUUAUUUAAGCACUUUUCAAAAGCGGUCUCGCUCCCAAGACUGCUGCUGUGAUCUUUUUGUUGGGAAGCAACUUCUUCAGCUACCUAAUUUCCGUGAAACUACUUUGAGUGAGCGUGGAACUGUUCAAAUGCUUACUUUAUCAAGGGACACUGCACUUGAAGUUCAGUCUCUUGUUCAAGUACUAGAUUCAUGUGCUGAGAAUAUACGAUGCCACUCUAUGAUCUUAUUUCAAGAUCUGUUGGUUUCAACUACUCUCUCACCUGAUGAUACCGUCAGCUUGUUUACAUUUGCUGUAAUGAGGUUGACCUCACCAGCUCUAUCCUCUGACUCGAGUUCCUGGUCUUAUCUACGAAAGAGGACUGGUUCUACCUCGGCGCCCAUUGGUUCCAUUGAAUCCUUGCAUUCAGGAAAUAGUGAUAACAUGCAUCGUGAUGUUAUUAGGCCGCUACAAAAUGAUAAGUGGAAAAAGGGGAAAGAUGGUUUUCUUGCGACUGAUAUUUGGGGUCUAGAGACUAGCGGUUCACCUGAUUCUGCUAUCCCUACAAUCUGGCUUCAGCAAACGCAAGAAAGAGUGUAUCUCCUCGCUUAUCAGUAUAAAAGUCUCACUUUACUGCUUCUCUUGCCUACAACUGCCAUUGUCAAUGGAGAUAUAAGCGUCCCAGCCGUGAAACAGCAAGUUAUUGAACAGGCAUCGCUGAGGAUUAUGAAAAUGGAAGAGAAGAUUUCAAGGGGGUGGGGAGGUGAGAAUGCUUAUCAUGUUAAGGGUUACCGUUACUUGGUAGUUGAUAAUGACCUGGAAGUUUCCAGAGCUUCUCCUUCAGGAAAAGUAGCAACACUUGCGAAGGAGUCUCUGCUUGCACUAAACAAGCUCAGAGAAGAAGUGGAUUUAGAAAAGAGCCGUUCAAAGACGCAGGAGAAGGACUUAGAAAUAUGCAUAAGAGCUAAGAACAACGCGUGGGUGAUCGCCCGUGUGACUAGAGGUAAAGAGCUUUACAUGGCUUUGGAGAAAGCCAGUGACACUCUUCUUGAUGCCACAGACGCUGUUGGAAGAUUCAGCAACAGGUAUUGCAGCGGAGCGUUUUUGAUGGACUAAGAUUAGUCUUUUUGUUUCUUCUGCUUCUGGGAAGAGGUUUCAAGUACACACAAAGCUCUGCUUAGCCAUUAAUUUUUGUUGUGGGGGAAAUUGCAGAGAGUGGAAAAACGAUUGUUCUUGGUUGGUCUGUAGAUUUGUUAAAAUAAUCCCACGUUCAAUCAAUGCAAAAUAGAUCGUUUUUUUUU